GCGCGCGUCCUUCUGAUUCCGCGUCUGUUCCACUUGAGGGAAGAUCAAGAACUUUCAGGACCCAAAUAGAGCAGAAGGUUGUGUUUAAAGACAGACCUGACUGAAGUGAAAGUCCACAGGGCAGAUGGAGCUGUGUGCAGAAGCGAAGAGGGUCAUGAUGCAGGCUCUGGGCAAAAUGUACAGCUCCCGAAACCAGCGCGGAGGAAUUCCGCUUCAUCGCAGCCUCCUGCUCUCACUGGUAAUGAGAGCCGCCCGGGAUGCGUACCAUUCCGCCCGAGUACCGAACCACGGACCGGACCCGAGCGGACAGACUGACAGCCCUGUCACCGCCGCACACCACACACAGACAGAGGAGCUCAUGGACACGGCCGAGGCGCCUGAGCCUCCGUGUGCGCUCCAGAGCGGUGAAAGGACAUUAAAGCAGGACAGCACCGCAGAUAAAGAGAACUGUAACACCACCGGCCAUCAUACACAAUCCCGGAAACGGAGAGGGAAAGGCGACGCAGAUCCUGAUUUCCUGCCGUGUAAAAAGGCGAGACUGGAUCCAGCGGAGUUCCGGCGGGUUCUGCAUGAUUCCACAGCGCGGAGUAACUCCGGGAACUGCGCCCGGGAGACGGACCCUCUAUCAGCUACACACAUCCCCAGGACUAUAGUGACAUGCUGAACAGCCUUUGUGAGACUGUGUGUGUGUGUGUCUGGCCAGGGCGCACAGUUCCCGGGCUCACCUAGCACAAAACGCGCUCAGUCUCUGUGGAGUUCUGACUAACUAACUGUAAAAUCCAGACAUUAUUCCGGAUUUCUGACCCUGAGACCAUCACUGGAUCUGAGGUGAGGCCAGAAGUCAGGUGGCGUGUGGAUGACGUCACGAUGUGACAAGUGAUUCAUCAUGCACGCGACUGCUUUAGAAACUGUAACAGAGACAUGAGUCAGAGCGUCCCUGGAAAUAAGCUCAAACAUGUUACGUGUGUGUGUGCAUGGGAUUCAUGACGAAUCUAAAAAACAUUUUAACUGAAGUAGUGAAUGAAGUGAAUCUUAUGAAGCUGGUUUAUUUAUUGUACAUAAACUACUUUGUUAUCUUUAAUCACCCUGUUCAUUACUGUUGUAUAAGCUCUACACAAAGAAAUGACAGAAUGGAAAAAACGUGGUAUAAGCUGCUAAACCUGACCAGUCCAUAUGGUCACUACCUCACUUUUGUAUAAUAAAAUGUUUUUCUAUAAGACAA